GACCCCAGUGCCACCGCUGAAGCAGACACCAGGGGGAGGUGAAUCUGUUGGGAUUAGCCUCCACGGUCAACACACUGACCACACACGACACACACUCACCGAUGGCCACAGUCUGCAAACACCAGGGCACCGCCAGUUAGUAACCCACACACAUCAGGACUCUUUAUCCACUCACUAUGGCGUCCCUGGAGGAAGAGCUGACUUGCUCUGUGUGCCGAGACACCUUCAGCAAAGCCCACCCUCUUCCCUGCGGUCACAGCUUCUGCCCCACCUGCAUCCGAGAGGCCUGGAGCAGCCAGGGUGAGGGCAAAAGUCGCUUCACCUGCCCCCAGUGUCAGGAGGAGCAUGGAGAAGUGCUGUGUGACUGCUGCCCUCCCGAGGAAGAGGGAAGAAAGCCACCGUUGGCUGUCAAGACCUGCCUGAGGUGUGAAGUGUCACUUUGUGCCCUACACCUCCAACCCCAUUUGGAGAGACCGGCGUUUAGCACCCACCUGUUGGUGGAUCCACUGGGGGACCUCUCCCAGCGCAAGUGCCCGACACACGCAGAGAUAUUGCGCUACUACUGUGCCGAUGACAGGGAGUACGUGUGUGGUGACUGCCUGCUGGACGGAGGCCAUGCUCAGCACAAAGUGAAGGCGCUGAGACAGGUGGAAGAGGAUCUGAAGGUCAUUCUCCAGACGCUGCUCAGCAAAGCAGAGGAGAAGCUGAAAGAUGGAGGGCAAAUUCUCAAAGAUCAUGAGUGUAUUGAUUCAACCAUGGCUGACUCUCUGAUGGAGGAUAUCUUCCAGGUGGAGCGGCUGGGCUCAGAUCUGCAGGUCCAGGUGAUGAAGCUGGUGGGCGCUCUGAGGGAGAUCACCAAGAGGGAGAGACAGCAGGUCAUAGAGCGUGUGCAUGAAGACUGCUCCAAGGUGAGAGGCGACAUGAGCCAGGCGCUGAGCAUCCAGUACUACCUGGCCUCGCUGAUGGCAGAGACGGACCCCUUCCUGCUCAUCUGGGCCUUUCAAUCAGAUGACACAAAAUUACUAGCCGACCUGGACAACCCACUUUACGUCCCUGAUGCCGUCAGUCUGGACAGGAAACACAUCUUGGAGGAUAUAGAGAGCAAGUAUCGAGAGUUCAUCACCGGCACUCUCCGUUGCCUCAGUGAACUCAAGAGAGAGCUCUUAACCAGUCCCUUGACUGUGGACACUAACACAGCCCAUCCUCUGUUGAGCAUCUCUGAUGACCUUCGCUCUGUGACGCGGGUUAAAAACCGCCUGCCCUACACUGCUCACCCCGAACGUUUCGACCACUGGCCGCAGGUCCUUGCCGCUCAGACCUUCACCUCUGGGACUCACUACUGGGAACUGGAGGCUGAGGGAUUCUGGGAUAUUGGUGUCUGCUAUAGAAGUAUUGGACGGAAAGGGAAAGAGGGCAACGCCUUUGGAAACAACAAGGUGUCAUGGAGCUUGACACAGCAGCAUGACAGGAAGCUGGCUGCCUGGCACAACCGCAGGAAGACCCGCCUGACGUACCAAAUGACAGGCAACCGAGUUGCCGUUACAGUGGACUACAGCGCUGGCACCAUCACCUUCUCCGAGGUGGGACCAUCUAACAACCUGGCCCACCUCCACACUUUCUCCACCUCGUUCACUCAGCCAGUGUGCUUGGGCUUUGGACUCUACAAAGCUGAGCUCAACAGCCACAUCACUAUCGUCAAAGUCUGAGGCGGAGAAAAAGCAAAAGGGGGACGGAGAAAAUAAUGCAGAUGGAAAUUAGACAAAUUUAUGUCAAGACAAAGUGGUGUUGACUUAUUUCUGGAACCAACCUGGGACUUUGAGCAUCUCUAAUGUUUCUCUCCCCUCAGAUCUCAGCCUGAGCUCAUCUUCUUCCUCAAUAAAGAGACAAAAAACAUUUUUCCUAGAACUGUGAUCAGGUGAUAUUGACAUGGAAAUAUCAGAGAUAUUUGAGAAUGGAGCAUUCAAAGAGUGAAUAUGAGUCCUAGCGGGACAGCAAAUGAAGAGGCUCUUUUGAAAAAGGACAAAAAUAGGUUUUGGUAACAAAAUUGCAAGAUUUAUGUGCUUUUCAUUCUACAGUGAAAACUGAAGAUGACUGGUGAGAUAUUACAAUUGUGUCAAGUAAGAUUGUAAAUGUUGUUAACUUUUGAUUUCAGAAGUAAUUAUUUCAGAUGUUUUUGAAACUGGACACAACUCAUGCAAUCCUGUCUGAAAGCUUAAUUUUGUGAAUAGCAAGUUACGUCUAUGAAGAUUAACCCAUUAGGGGUAUCUUCAUCAGGCUGGUUAAGGUGCAAACACUAAAAUAAUAAUAAUUAACCCAGUCUGAUGUCUUAAAAAAAGCUACAAAAUAAGCUACCAAGCUACAUGAAGCAUUGGAGGUGUUGAUGUUGAAGGUGCACAUGAAGGUGCACAAGCAACAAGAAGGAGCCUUUAAUCUCUUUUAACUCCAAAUGAAGACACAAGAAGGAAUCACUGAUUUGAUUUGAUAUUAAAAGAAAAGGAAAACAAACGUCACUCACUCGCUAACUUUGCUCUUUGAAGCAGCUCAACCCAAUUAUUCUCACAUUUCUUUAUUACACUGUAAAGGUGAGUGGGCGGAUGUAACACAGAGGGUGAGAAAGAAGCAGAAGGAAAGGGGGGUGGCUGACAGAAAAAGACAAGGAAAGAGAGAAAGAGAGAAAGAUCAGAGUGUACUCUGGCUUGGUUACGAUCAGACUGACUUCCAAUGCUGUGAAAUAAUGUGAUAGGGGAGCAAGAGAACGGGGAUUUUUGACCAUAUAACGGUACUGCCGGGAGAAAACAACUGUUUUCACCUGAUAUGGAAUACAAGUUUUUUCAGAAGGAAACAGGUGAUCAGCAAUUUUUUAUUCACUUAAAAUACUAGAAUUGUACUGCAAAAAUAGUGAUUUUAGAACGGUUGUUUUUAGGUGAAUAAUUGAUCAUUUUGCCAUAAUGUGAAUUCUUAUCCAACCAAAAAGCAGCUGUAUUUGUGUAUUUGUAUAAGUUUCAUUAGAGCUAAGAAGGAGAUGUUUUCACACAUGCUGUUGCUCAUCUUGGUCAAAGAUAAAUGAUUAAAAAAUGUUUUAAACUUAA